AUGGAGUCCUCUAGACUUUUCAGCAUCCUGGUCUUUUCUACUCUUCUAGUGAAUGUCCAGGGACCUGGGCUCACUGACUGGAUCUUUCCCAGGAGAUGCCCCAGAAUCCAAGAGAAAUGUGAAUUCAGAGAAAGGGAUAUCUGUACGAAGGACAGACAAUGUCUGGACAACAAGAAGAAGUGUUGUAUCUUCAGCUGUGGAAGAAAAUGUUUAGACCUCAACCAAGAUAUAUGCUCUAUGCCCAAAGAACCUGGCCCCUGUAUGGCAUUUUUCCACCGUUGGUGGUAUGAUAAGGAGAAGAAUACCUGCUCCAAGUUCAUCUAUGGUGGCUGCCAAGGGAACAACAACAACUUUCAGUCCAAAGCCAUGUGCCAGAACAUGUGCAUCAGCAACCAGAGAUGUCCCCAAAUCAGGGUACCAUGCAAUUACAGAGAAAUCGACCAGUGCGGGAAGAAGAAACCAUGCCCCAAGAAGAUGACGUGUUGCAGUUUUAACUGUGCAAAGAAAUGUUUAGAUCUCAAGGAAGGUAACACACAAAGCCCCUGA